UAGGGUCUACGUACAUACGUUUUCAUCAGUUCAUUCAUAAGAACAAAUUUUGAUACGUUUUUCAUCGAUAAAUUCAUUCAAAAUAGCGAGAGCUAACAUUCUAUGAGGCGACUGUAUGCAUUGGUUUUUCUUAUUCUAAACCAUUUCAGCUAAAUAGCUGUAUAUCUGUGAGUGGACUAUAUAUAAAUAUUACACAUACUGAAUGAUACAGGACUGCCUUAUAAGGAUAUAUGUGUCCACUCGAAUGAGUAGGCCUAUUGUUCACACUAACCUGUUACUGUAAGACAUUUCAACAACAUUAAGGCUGUUCGGUGAAUAUAUUGAAGUGACAGGGCAUGUCUUUAGCGGACUUUCUGCGGGGGAAUCUACCUACCGUACCAGAUGACAACCCCGGGGACGAGAACCCCGGUAAGGUUAGCCUCCCCAUCAAAUGGAAGUCCACCUGCGUCACCAUCCCUGAGGACGAGCACACCAUUUUUGCCGCUGUGCGAUAUAACGACUGUCAGAGGGUCGAACAAAUACUACGACAGAGCGAUAUCAGCGCCAAUAUAGUACACAGAGCAUCACAAUGUUCACUGAAAAAAAGUAGGGUACAGAAAAGUGUGGCUAUGCAGUUGAAUGAAUAUACCCCGCUACACAUUGCCUGCUUACAUUCUAAUAUAGAGGUUAUUAGGCUACUACUGAACCAUGACGCCGACGUUAACGUUAAAGAUUCGACCAAUCGAACACCACUUCACUACGCUACACUCGCUAAUCGUUCAGAUGUUGUUAAUCUCUGUAUAGAAAAUGGAGCUGACGUUAACCACCAAACGUCCAGUGGGAAGACCGCCUUAAUGUACGCGGUACAGGAGAAGAACCUGGCUAUAGUACAGGCUAUAGUGGAUGCUGGGGCCGACGUCAGCCUGAAAGAUGUCAAGGGAGGGACAGCUCUGGAGAUUUGUCUGUUAUCAGGGGGAAGGACGGCUAACACCGACAUUGUCAAGGCACUUCUGCAGGCUGGCAGUGACCCAAACGCAGAAAACCUUUAUAAAGCCACACCUCUGAUGUUAGCGGCUGGCACUGGGCAGUUAGAAGUUAUUAACCUAUUGCUAGAUGCGGGCGCCGAUAUAAACCAUGAAGACAACAAGGGUAAAACUGCCUUUAACAUUUGUUGUGAACACACUCGUAUGCCGAAGGCGGGACGUCUGCUGAUAUCCCGAGGCGCGGACAUCAACCAUAGGGAUCACGCGGGGAAGACUUCGUUGGAGAAGGCCUUACAGUACAAUAAGAUUGGUACCGUCAUGUUCCUGUUACAAGCUGAUUGUCUCAGAAGUUCAAACCUCAUCAAAUCGGAAAAGAUCCAGGAACUGUGCAAAAUGUUUCCACCGCUUACAUUAUUUCUAGAACACGAGUUUCACCAACCAUGGAGUCUGUUAAGACUGUGUAGAUUUAACAUUAGAAACGCAAUUGAGCCCCAAGAGCUGAAGAAUAUACCCAAUAAAUUGUUGUUACCAAGGACUCUUCUGCAAUUUUUGACUUUCGGUGACUUGCUUUAACAUCAUGAAUUAAUUUAUUAGCACUAAUUCUUGCUGCUUUUACAAAUGACAAAGGAAAGAUAGUGAAGGAGAUGAAAGAAUGUGUCAUAGCAUAAUGUAGAGAAAGGAAAAUAAUUUAAAGAUAUCAUAAUAUAGAUAUGAACA